AAGCAGCGUCCCCAACCUCCCAAGCUACAAGACAACGAGGGCUCAAGAAAAAUCGCGCAAAACUUGCCGUGAUCGCACGCGCAGUGAGCAGCGCACUGAUCGAUCGAUGGCGGCCAAGGUGGCGUCCCCGCUCCCAUUCCGCCGCGACCUGCGGGGCCCGCUCGGGCAGCGGUCGCCCAGGAGCGGGCUGCCCGGCGCGCUGGCCGGGCUGGGCUGGAGCGACGGCUCCCGCAGGCUCGUGGCGCCGGCGUGGCCGGCGCGGGCGCGCGGGAGGAACAACCGGUCCGGCGGACGCGGCGCGACCAAGGAAGAGGACGAGCGCGCCGAGGAGGCGGAGGAGGCGGAGGCCGUGCUGAUCAUCGACGGGGAGGAGGACGACGAGGAGUUUGGCGACGACGAUCUGUCCGGGUUCAGGGGGCUCGUUCUUGAUCUCUCCUACAGGCCUGUCAAUGUCGUCUGCUGGAAGCGCGCGAUCUGCCUGGAAUUCAUGGAGAAGGCCGAUGUUCUGGAGUACUACGAUCAGACGGUCUCCUCUCCCAGUGGGUCCUUCUACAUCCCCGCGGUUCUCAGGGUUCCACAGCUGCUGCAAGUUGUGAAGAGGAGAAGGGUCAAGCACUGCCUUAGCCGGAAGAACAUACUCUUCAGGGAUGGGUUCAGUUGCCAGUAUUGCUCUUCUGAAGAUGACCUCACAAUUGAUCAUGUCAUCCCGGCCUCGCGUGGCGGCAAAUGGGAAUGGGAGAACCUGGUAACUGCAUGCUCUAGAUGCAACUCCAGGAAGGGUAACAAGACGCUACUGCAAGCAAACAUGAAGCUACGCAAGAUCCCCAAGGGGCCUAAGGAAUUCGACAUCAUCGCGGUGCCCUUGACGAAAUCCGCGUUCAGGACGAUCAGGAGGAGGCACGGCCUGCCUGAAGAGUGGCUGCAGUACCUUGCCGGGCCAUCUCCAUGACCAAGGGAAGACUCCCUUCAAACCAUAACCAGUAGCCAUCACUCCAUCUCCAUGUAUAUAUAUAUUACUACCAGGCUCAUCUUGUCCAGCCAAAGAUUCAUGUAUGUCCAUCACCAGCUCUGUACAUGCCUAGCUACCUUCUGAUUUCUGAAAAUAAAUCUGUACAUGUCACUGAUUUAUCAGUAAGUAAAUAAAAACAAGAUACCGACUUGAAAUAAGCACAAGGAAAGAGCAAUAGGCCAGACCAUCCUACAAAAACGAAACGGUCCCUUCGUAACCAGUCAUCCUCUUUAGCAGAAAGACGUAUAUUCCUUGCUCAUUAUCAGACAAUCACUUAUUCCCAAACCUCGUGUGGGACUAAUCGUUUUCAUUUACCAUCUCAUGGAAAACCCUUUUGGGAAUUCGUGCCUACUCGGCAUUUCACGAGUUAUGAAAAUGCAAAAAAGGAUACUAAAUCUCGUCGUUAACUGAAUUCUGAAU